AAAUUGGGUAAUGACAGGCAGAUCGCGAUCUUAAAAUGGUGGAUGAGCUUUAAAUGGAUGUUGGUGGUCUGAACAGGCAAGUCUGAUAACUCGUUAGCCAUGCUGUUUGACAAGGUGACUGAGAAGUUUGGGCACCCAACACUGUCAUUGACUGGCUGGCUGGUCAAAAAAAUUCUGGAGAAUGUACAUAAAGCUCAAGAGAUAAAUACAGCAAAAUUAGCACAAAUACAGUCAAACAGCACAGUCUUGGAAGUGGGCUUUGGACCCGGUUUGGGGCUCCAGGAAGCUGUUCGGUACCUAACAGACUCUAAGGGAAAGCUGUAUGGAAUUGACUACUCUGAAUACAUGCACAAGGUGGCCAGUAAACGACUCCAGGAGCAGAUUACCUCUGGAAAGGCACAACUUUUUCUGGGAAGUGUAGAGAAGAUUCCACUACCAGACUCCAUUGUGGACAGAGUGUUUCAUUGUAAUUGUUUUCACUACUGGCCAGACCUCAAGAAAGGUUCUGCUGAACUUCACAGAGUGAUGAAACCAGAAGGACUGAUGGUAACUACUCUCAGAGUGAACGCUAUCAAAAAGGCAGUUUCCAUUGGGCUCCUCCGAGGUAAGAUAUGGCAGCCUGAGAUCUACAUGGAUGCCCUGCAGGCCACUGGAUUCAAAGAUUUACACAUGAAGGAAAUGGAAGACCGGGGCCUCAAGUUUAAUGCAAUUUUUGCCACAGCAUCCAAAUAAGACUCCAAGAUGAAUGUGACUGCCAAGUCUCAUAUGAAGUUUAACAUAUCUACUUCAAGAUUUGUUUUUUAUUUGCUUGAAUUAGUUUUCUUCUUUGCAAGUAAGCAAGCUUUAUAAAAGCGGCCCUGGGUAGACUGGGUUUGAGUCUUGUCUUAGUCACUUUCACUGAGUGGAUUAAGCAAUGGAAGGUUUAAAUUGAAAAAAAAAAAUCACUGAGUACAAAAACUGGGAGCUAAGGUGAAACUUAUAAUAACUUAAGAACUCGUUUAUAAGACUGAGCAGCACAGGUGUAGAAUAACUAUUGGGGAAGCUUCAUUGCAUCAGAUAUUAUAUAAUUCACAUCUAGUCCUGGUGAAAUGGUUAAGAGUCAUAUUUGUUGGAAUUUCUGUGUCACUGACAAAUUGGUUCAAGCCUUCUGAAAUCUUAAACUUGAUUAUUUGGGUUAGCUUAUAAGUGUCCAGAUGGAUCUAUACUGCUCAAAAGAAUUAAAGGAACACUUUUUAAUCAGAGUAUAGCAUAAAGUCAAUGAAACUUAUGGGA